AUGAAUAGCAGUUGUUGUGCAUUUCCGGCACCCAUCCUUGAUCAGGUUCUACCGCCUAUUCUUUUCUUGGAGUUUGUGUUGGGCAUGGUUGGAAACUCUUUUGGAUUAUGGAUGAUCUGUCGUCAGAUGAAGAACUGGAAACCCAACUCUGUGUAUCUUUUCAGCCUGACGGUGGCCGACUUCAUUGUUCUUUUUGGCGUGCUAUUGCGUGCAGAUUAUUACCGUAGGAAAAAAGACUGGAUAUUUGGUGACGUCCCAUGUAGACUGCUUCUCUAUGUACUGUCUGCUUGUAGAUCUGCUGGAAUCAUCUCCCUCACUAUUAUUGCCUUUGAUAGAUACUGCAAAAUUGUGUUUCCUUUUCACAGAAUAAAUAAUAUUACUGUCAAGCAAGCAGCUUUAAUCUCCAGUAUUUUAUGGCUGAGUAUAUUAGUAAUGUACUCCUACCUGUUAUUAAAGCCACAUUUCUUCAUCAUCAACAAUUCAACACAAUGUGAGAGCUUUAAUAUUUGCUUUUCCUCAGCCUCAUGGCAUGACGCUUUCUAUAUCCUACUAUCUCUGUCAUCACUCAGUAUAAUAUUAUACUGCACCAUAUGCAUUGCUCUGUAUUUAAACGACAAUACUAUUGAUAAGAAUGGGAAGGUCAGAAGGGCAGUUAAGUUUGUUCUGUCCAUUGCUAUUGUGUUUACAAUGUGCUAUUUGCCCAGCAAUAUUGUCAGAAUCUCUGUUUGGAUCCUGACAGUCCAGGAUAAAAGGGAAUGCAAGUACUAUGAAGAUACUAACACUGCAUUUUACGUGACAGUUUGCUUCACUUACUUUUACAGCAUGCUUAAUCCCAUUAUAUAUUAUUUCUCCAGUCCUUCAUUUAACUGUAUAUUUCAGCAACUAUGGAACAAAUUUGGAUUUGGAAAAACGGUCUCUGAUCAUGGAAGUUCAAUAUCAAAAGUUAUAGAUAAUUAG